AGUUCGCUCUUCUCUCUCCCUACUCCCUAAUCGUCGUGAAGAUGAAGAAGUUUAUGUUCGCAACUUUGCUGCUUAUGGCACUUCUCCUCACCUCUUCUUUUCUUCAGGCCGCCAUGGCUGACGACGCAAUGUUAGGUUUGUGCGACUCAAAGUGCAAGAACAGAUGCGCCAAAGCAGGAAUCAUGGACCGUUGCUUGAAGUACUGUGGAAUCUGCUGCAAGCAAUGCAACUGUGUUCCUUCGGGUACUUAUGGGAACAAGCACGAGUGUCCUUGUUACAGAGACAAGAAGAACUCCAAGGGCAAGCCCAAGUGCCCUUAAUUAAAAUCUUGAA